AUGACCGUCCCCAUCGCCAAGUCCUUCUACGACCUGAGUGCCACCUCCUUGCAGGGGGAGAAGGUGGACUUCAACGUCUUCCGGGGCCGCGUGGUCCUCAUCGAGAACGUGGCAUCCCUCUGAGGCACCACGGUGCGGGAUUACACUCAGCUCAACCAGCUGCAAGCCCGCUACCCCCGGCGGCUGGUCGUGCUGGGCUUCCCCUGCAACCAAUUUGGCUACCAGGAGAAUGGCACCAAUGAGGAGAUCCUCAACAGCCUGAAGCACGUGCGGCCGGGGGGUGGCUUCGAGCCCAACUUCACCCUCUUCCAGAAGUGCCAGGUGAACGGGAAGGACACCCACCCCGUCUUUGCCUACCUGAAGGCUCACUUGCCCGCACCGGCUGAUGAGGCGGCAAACCUGAUGGCCGAGCCCCGGUUCAUCACCUGGAGCCCGGUGCGGCGCUCCGACAUCUCCUGGAACUUUGAGAAGUUCCUGGUGGGUCCUGAGGGGGAACCUUUCCGGCGCUACAGCCCCCGCAUGCCCACCGCCCAGCUGGAGCCCGACAUCCAGCGUCUCCUCAAGCUGGCCAAGUAA